AUGGUGUGGUUUCUGACACUCGUGCAGGCUCAAAUGAUGGCAUCCGAAUACAAAAAGCGUGGCGGCGGCUACAACACCACAAAGACAGAAGGCCAGACGGAGUCUCAGAAACACCUCGAGAAUUGGACAAAAGAGGAAUGGCAGACGAAGGAGGGAUCUGGCACGGCUCGACAGGAUGAUGACUCGCGUAAGCGGUAUCUGCCUAAGAAGGCGUGGGAGCAGUUGAGUGAAAAGGAAAAGGAGGAGACGGACGAGAAAAAGAUCGAGGAGUCACAAGGUGGGAAGCAGUUUGUUGGUAAUACCGCCGAGGCAAAGGAGGCCAGGCAGAGGGUUAGUUCUGAUGUUGGGGGUGAGGAUGUUGGAGUGGAGGACCAGAAGGUGAAGGGAGAUACGGAGAAGGUUCGACAGAAUGGAGAGGCUGCUGAAAAGGGGACGAACAACGAGGAGAAAACCGAGGGCAAGAAAAGCGGCGCAGGAACCAAACGCAGCGCGAAACAGGAUGCAACACCUAAAAAGAAACAGAAGGACAGCGCUAGGAUGGAAAGUCUACGGAAGAGAACGUGA